ACAAAGCCGUGUUGAAAAUAUAGCAUUAGCAAACCAAGAAGAGGAAGGGGGAAGGAGAAAGAGGAGAGAGAGAUAAAGAGGUCGGAAAAAGAAAAUGCACUCACAGAGAUUGUUUAUAUAUUAGUAUUAUUUUAAAGAAAGAAGGAAGGAAGGAAGGAAGAAAAGGGGGGGAAAAGAAAUCGAUAGACGCUGCGAGCAAUCCAACCCCAAACCUCGACACCAAUCAACAACUGUUGUGGCGGUGAAUUUCUCUGCAAUCGGCGGAGCAACUUGCCUAAGAGAUUAAGAGUUUGAUUUGCAUUGUAUAACAUGCAAAUAGGUGGAUUCGGACUCCUUUGGUGUUGGAGAAAACUGUAAAUUGGGGUGGAAACAAGUUUCAGUGGUUUUAAAGUUCUGUGAAUGGUGUAGAAAUCUGUUUAUUGAGCAAUGCAGCCACAGCAAGGCUCCAGAAUCAAUUUAGGUGAUUUAAAAGCCCAGAUAGUGAAGAAGAUUGGGGCUGAGAGGUCAAAAAGGUAUUUUUAUAAUUUGAGUAGGUUUUUGAGUCAGAAACUCAGUAAAAGUGAGUUUGAUAAGUCAUGUUACCGCAUUCUUGGAAGGGAGAAUCUGCCACUUCAUAAUCAGUUGAUACGUUCAAUAUUGAAAAAUGCAUGUCAGGCUAAGACUCCACCACCAGUUCAUGAAGCAGGUCCCACUAAAUCUUUGAUACAAAAUGUGAAAAGUUAUGUUGGUAGAGAUGAUGGGCAUGAUCCAACUGGAUCCCUUGUACCCAACCGGAAUCCGAACAUGGCCAUUUCUUCUAAUGGGGUUUUGCCAAUGUCAUCCCUGCGAAAGGUUAGAUCUGGUAUACAGGAUAGGAAGCUCCGGGAUCGGCCCAGCCCACUGGGGCCGAAUGGAAAGGUUGAGAGUUUCUCACAUCAACCCAUGGAUACUGAAAACAAUGGCAAUAACUUGGGUCUGGAAAAUGGGUAUUUGACACCCUAUGAUUAUCAGCGACCAUUGCAGCAUCCUCAAGCAGUUCCUGAGCAGCCGGAAAUUGAAAGAGAAGGUUGGGGGCAUUCUAUGGGGAAACCAAGGGUGCUUAGUAAAGGUCUGACUGAAGGAGCUAUUGUUGAAGAUGGGGAGGAGGUGGAGCAAGCCAACCACAUUGAUUUCUCCAGAAAUCCUUUGCGUGCCCCUCUUGGGAUUCCAUUUUGUUCAGCUAGUGUUGGUGGGGCCUACAAAACUCUGCCUGUGGCAAGCAGUGGCGACUUCGUUAGCUACUAUGACAGUGGCAGUUUGUAUGAUACUGAGACAUUGAAGAAACGUAUGGAGCAGAUUGCAGCAGUGCAGGGCCUUGGAGGGGUUUCAUUGGAAUGUGCUAGCAUGUUAAACAAAGUGGUGGAUGUAUACUUGAAGAGAUUGAUCAGAUCGUGUGUCCUGGUGUGGUCAAGGCCUUCACAUGAAUUGAGAAAGCACUCUGCCCACACGCAGCAGCAUCAGGGCAAGCUUGUUAAUGGUUUGUGUCCAAGUAAUCACUUGCAUAUACAGGGUAGCUCUGGGCCUACAGAAGUUUUGCAGGAACAGGGGCAGAGGCGCUCAAUUUCUUUGCUUGAUUUUAAAGUUGCAAUGGAGCUAAAUCCCCAGCAGCUGGGUGAAGAUUGGUCAUUGCUGCUGGAAAAAAUAUGUAUGCAUUCUUUUGAAGAAUGAAUGCUCAACAAAAAAUUGUUUAUCAUGAAGCUAUGAUUGUUUUGAUACAAAGGAAGACUU